AAGCCCCACAGCACUGGCAGCUCUGAACGGAUUCAGCUCUCAGGAAUGUACAAUGUUCGAAAAGGGAAAAUACAUUUGCCAGUCAACAGAUGGACAAGACGCCAAGCUAUCCUUUGUGGAACAUGCCUAAUUGUCUCAUCAGUAAAAGAAAGCCAGACUGGAAAGAUGCAUGUCCUCCCUUUAAUUGGUGGAAAAGUGGAAGAAGUGAAAAAGCACCAGCACUGUUUAGCAUUUAGCUCCUCUGGACCUCAAAGCCAGACCUACUACAUUUGUUUCGAUAACUUCACUGAAUAUCUGCGAUGGCUGCGACAAGCAUCAAAGGUUGCAUCACAACGCAUCAGCUCAGUGGAUCUUUCAUGCUGCAGCCUGGAGCACCUGCCUGCCAACCUGUUUUAUAGCCAAGACCUCACUCAUCUCAAUUUAAAGCAGAACUUCCUGAGGCUAAACCCCAGCCCAUCCACAAGUAGAGCGCUUAGUGAAUUACAAAGAUUCACCAAAUUGAAGAGCCUUAACCUUUCGAAUAAUAAUUUAGGAGAGUUCCCACUGGCAGUCUGCAGUAUCCCAACCCUGACUGAACUCAACGUGUCCUGCAAUGCCCUCAGAAGCAUUCCAGCAGUUGUAGGCGAAAUGCACAACUUGCAGACAUUUUUGCUAGAUGGCAACUUUCUCCAGUCCCUUCCUGAUGAAUUGGAGCAUAUGCAUCAACUCAGCUAUGUGAGUCUGUCCUUCAACGAGUUCACUGACAUUCCUGGAGUGCUGGAGAAGCUGACUGCCAUGGAUAAGCUCUGUAUGUCAGGAAACUGCAUUGAUACCCUGAACCUACAGGUGCUAAAAAGAAUGCCUCAUAUUAAGCAUGUGGAUCUAAGAUUGAAUUCAAUUAGGAGAUUGGAGGCCGAUGAAAUAGAUUUCCUGCAUCACGUGACCCAGCUGGAUCUGCGAGACAACAAACUUGGGGAGCUGGACGCAACAGUUUUUAACAACGUGGAAGUGUUACACUGUGAACGGAACCAGCUGGUGACCCUCAAAAUCAGUGGGUAUUUUCUCAAAGCGCUGUACGCUUCCUGCAAUGAACUUGUUCACCUUGAUGUGUAUCCAGUUCCUAAUUGCCUGGCUUAUAUGGAUAUUUCUAGAAAUCACCUGGAAAACCUGCCUGAGUGGGUGUGUGACAGCAGGAAACUGGAAGUGUUGGAUGUUGGCCACAAUCAGAUACGUGAGCUGCCUGCCCGGUUGUUUUACAAUAGCAGCCUGCGGAAGCUGCUGGCAGGACACAACAUGUUGGGAAGGCUCCCAGAUCGGCUCGAGCGAACGCAGGUGGAGGUCUUGGACGUGCAGCACAACCAGCUCCUGGAACUGCCACCUAACCUGCUUUUGAAAGCAGACAGCCUGAGAUUUCUUAAUGCAUCUGCCAACAAACUGGAAAUGCUUCCUCCAGCCACCCUUUCUGAAGAAACCCAUAGCAUCUUGCAGGAGUUGUAUUUGACCAAUAACAACCUCACAGAUAAAUGUGUACCCUUGUUAACAGGCCACCCACACCUGAAAAUCUUGCACAUGGCUUACAAUCGCCUACAGAGCUUCCCUGCAAGCAAAAUGGCCAAGCUGGAAGAGUUGGAGGAAAUCGAUAUUAGUGGGAACAAACUGAAAGCCAUUCCAACAACCAUCAUGAACUGCAGACGUAUGCAUACUGUAAUUGCUCACUCCAACUGCAUUGAAGUCUUCCCAGAAGUCAUGCAGCUUUCUGAAAUAAAGUGUGUGGACCUAAGCUGCAAUGAACUGAGUGAAGUCACAUUGCCUGAAAACCUGCCUCCAAAACUGCAGGAGCUGGACCUGACUGGAAAUCCCAGAUUAGCCCUGGAUCACAAAACCCUAGAGCUUCUGAACAAUAUCCGGUGCUUCAAGAUCGACCAGCCCUCGGCCGGGGACGCGUCGGGAGCGCCGGCGGUGUGGAGUCACGGCUACACGGAGGCGUCCGGCGUGAAGAACAAGCUGUGUGUGGCAGCACUUUCGGCCAACAACUUCUGCGACAACCGGGAGGCCCUUUACGGUGUGUUCGAUGGGGACCGCAACGUGGAAGUGCCCUAUCUGCUGCAGUGCACCAUGAGCGACAUCCUGGCAGAGGAGCUGCAGAAAACAAAGAAUGAGGAGGAAUACAUGAUCAACACUUUCAUUGUUAUGCAGAGGAAACUUGGAACAGCUGGACAGAAACUUGGAGGCUCUGCUGUCCUUUGCCAUAUAAAACAUGAUCCCAUGGACCCUGGUGGAUGCUUCACACUAACCUCAGCAAACGUGGGGAAGUGCCAAACUGUUCUCUGCCGGAAUGGGAAACCUCUGCCUUUGUCCAGGUGUUACGUGAUGAGCUGUGAAGAAGAGCUGAAAAGGAUUAAGCAGCAUAAGGCCAUUAUCACAGAGGAUGGCAAAGUGAACGGUGUGACAGAUUCAACAAGAAUCCUGGGGUACACCUUCCUUCACCCAAGCGUUGUGCCGCGUCCUCACGUCCAGUCCAUCACCUUAACUCCACAAGAUGAGUUCUUCAUUCUGGGGAGCAAGGGGCUGUGGGACAGCCUCUCGAUGGAUGAAGCCGUUGAGGCCGUCAGGAAUGUGCCUGAUGCGCUGGCGGCCGCCAAGAAGCUUUGCACUUUGGCCCAGAGUUACGGCUGCAACGACAGCAUCAGCGCUGUGGUGGUUCAGCUCAACGUGACGGAGGACAGCUUCUGCUGCUGUGAGCUCAAUGGGGUCCCGCCCCCCAGCCCAGGCAUCUUCCCCCAGUCUGUCAACGUGGUGAUCAAGGACAGGCCCGCCGACGCGCUGGGGAUGCCGUCCUCGAGCAGCGGCAUGGCUUCGGAAAUCAGCAGCGAGAUCUCCACCUCGGAGAUGAGCAGCGAGGUGGGCUCCACGGCCUCGGACGAGCCGCCGCAGGUGGCCAUGAACGAGAGCAGCCCGGCGUACCCCGGGGAGCAGCGCUGCAUGCUGCACCCCGUCUGCCUGGCCAACUCCUUCCAGCGGCAGCUCUCCAGCGCCACCUUCUCCAGCGCCUUCUCCGACAACGGCCUGGACAGCGACGACGAGGAGCCCAUCGAGGGGGUGUUCACCAACGGCAGCCGCGUGGAGGUGGAGGUGGACAUCCACUGCAGCCGGGCCAAGGACAAGCAGCUUCUCCAAGUGCCGGUGGAAGCCAGCGACGAAGGGAUCGUCAUCAGUGCCAAUGAAGAUGAGCCCAGCCUUCCCAGGAAAGCCGAAUAUUGUGCCACGGGCACAAUCGGGCGCCGGCGGGGCAACGGCUCUGUGGCACCGCACGAGAGGAGCCACAACUUAAUUGAAGUUGCGACGGAUGCGCCGCUCAGAAAAACUGGGGGAUACUUUGCUGCUCCAGCACAACCUGAUCCUGAUGACCAGUUCAUCAUCCCACCAGAGCUUGAAGAAGAAGUCAAGGAGAUUAUGAAGCAGCACCAGGAACAACAGCAGCAGCAGCAGCAACAGCAGCAGCAGAGGCAGUAUCCGAUGGACCACCUGGCGGACUAUUACGACACACCACUAUGACCCACUAUUUACUGCUCAGAAAUAAACUAACAAAUAAGGAGACUUGACUGUGAGACCCAGUGGGCUUGCAUUACAGCAGGGGUUUUCCUUAUCCUUUUCCUUUAUAUACUUCCCUUUCCUUAUCCUGCCACUACAGAUUAACUGCAGCUUUUCAGUUUGUUAGGUUUAAUAUUCAUUGACUUUCUUCUAGAGACGCUUGACUGGUAAAGUUUAAAAUAGUUAACCCUCCCUUAACAUAUCAAGUGUAAAAACAGGAAAACAAACAAAAAAAAUAAAAAUAAAAAGGUUUAAUAUAUUGCUGAGAAACAGAUGAUGAUGUAAUAUUUUUUAAAAUGGCUUGUUUGUUUUGUUUGAAAAGCAGGGCAGUAGCCAGUGCUAAAUGAUUUAAGUAAUAUUGUAAUACUGUAUUUCUUUGAGAGAAAAGGCUUUUUUUGGUCUUGAAAAUGAUAGACAUUUGUAGAAUAUGGAGACUAACUCCUAGGAGUUGCUUUACUCUUUCAGGUGACUUAAGUCACUGAGAUUCACUAAUUUUCUCUGAGAGAACAGUUGAUUGGGAAAUUCCUGUAAAUAGCUCAGUGUUGUAUAGUGAUGCUUACUGUUUUGUAGCCUUGGCAUUAAGGACACAACCUGAAAAACUGACUUUUUUUCUUAAGUGACUCUUUGGGCCAUGGUCAUUAGGCGUAAUGGACUGUGUGGCUGUGUACAAGUUAGCUAGAGCCCAGGUGGUGUAGACUGUUCAAAGAAACCCACUUUUUCCUCCGGUCUCUUUCUUUCCUUACUUUUACAGACACGUUUUGUUUGUGUUCCUUACUGCUGCCACAACCAGCAUGAUUGUAUAGAGCUCAUUUGCUGUAGAACAUUUACAUACCAAGAGUUAUAUUAAAGCCGAAUGCACAAAUGAACAUGUCAUAAUUUUUGUUAUAAUAAAUAUGAAAUUUACACCUGAUGUCUGCUUUUAUGUCUGACCAGCUGAGCAGCAGCUCUCAAACAGCACCUUGCUGGUGGUUCCUCAGCAUGCUGCUCAGUUAAACCAAGAAGUUUUGAAACUUUUUCAGCUCGAUCACAUUUUUACACUAACUGCAGAAGCUCACUUGUAUUUUCAGAAUUCAAAGGUUGUGCAAAGUGGCCUUUAAAAGAUACAAACCAACUCUCUGAGGAAUUGACCUCUUCCUUUUUUUCUUUCUCAGUACUAAUUCAGCACUAUUGAUUUGCCCUUUGCCACAGUAUUGACAAUGCCAGAAGAAUGAAGAGGAGCGGUGUGCUCUGGCUCUGUCCCACUGGGACUGGGUGACUGAAGGUAGAAAUAAUGAAGGGAUAACAAAAGGUAGAAGGAGAGCAUUGGAUACUGAAAGAAGAGAGAAAAUAUGAGGAGAAGGCAGAAAAGUGCAUUUAAAACUACCUAUAUAAAUUUGCUCCAAUGUGCUGCAUGAACAUGAGUUCGAUGGCAAUCAGACUUUGGUAGCAAAGAGCCAUCUUUUUGUGAUUCCUGUGGGAAAGGAGGGGCAUAUUUUUGUGAUUCCUGUGGGAAAGGAGCAAUGUUCUUUUUCAGUAUUGCCCCCAGCCAACUGCUCCAUUUUACUUCUUGCUCUUUAAAAGCUGAAUUCGUUUGCAGUCAUGACAGUGUCUUGUUCCUUCUUGGCACUUGGCAUAUUUGGGAAGAGGACUGUGGUGACAGGCUGUUGUCCUUAUUCUGUUCUUGGGUGAAAUAGCUAAGUUAGAAUGGGAUUGCUGUUAACAGAAGAUUUUUAGCUACUUUUCUUUAAUAACAAUAACAACAAAGGAGCAAACAUUAAAAUACCUGGUUUGA